AUGGACGUUCUGGGUGCAAUAGUCAGUUGUACAUCCCUCGCCCUUGAUAUUUUCAACUUCGCCAUAGCUGAUCUGGAGGGCCGCGAUAUCGAUGCGCUCGUACUCUCUCUAAAGCACGAUUUAGCUCUUCUGCGAGACUUUGUAUGCAUGUUCAGUGCUGCAUCUCAAUCCGAACAGAUACUGAUCACGGAUAAAUUCCUUCUCAACGAGAUCUUUCUUGCACUCCAACCCAGUCUUGCUCAAAUUCACUCUACUAUCGCCCACUAUGCUCACGGCUUCUCCCGCAAGGAAGGCGGUUGA